AUGAGAAGAUUCUCUUUCGACAUCAUAUACAAAUUCUCAUUUGAAAUGGACCCUGAGUGCUUCAUUCCUUCUUUCCUGGAGUCCAAGUUGGCAAACAGUUUUGAUCUUGCAUCCAAGCUAUCAGUACAACGAGCAAUGUCGCCGUUGCCGCUCAUAUGGAAACUGAAGCAAUUACUAAACAUUGGUUCGGAGAAGAAGCUGAAGGAAGCGAUCAGAUUGGUGGACAAUGUGGUCAUGGAGAUGAUAAGGCAAAGGAGGAGGGAGAUGGCGGCGACGACGAUGGGUCUUAACAAAUCAGACUUGCUGUCUAGAUUCAUGGGAUCUAUCGAAGACGACAAUUAUAGUGUUAUACUGUUAGUGUUAUGCGAGAUACGAUGGAAAUUGGAGGAAAACAAUGUUGUUUCCGAAUAG